GUUUGUUUUCACAUCUUUUGCUUUUGUGGCUUUAAACUGUGGUUAACUUGUAUUUAUCAUUUUUCACUUUAGAACUGCUGAAAGAGGAGAAUAAAGAUCCGAAUGAAAUGGAACCGACAGAUCACUGUAAAAAACACCAUGAUUCCAUAACUGGUGGGAAACCCACACAGAAUAAAACGACUUCUAUACGAAAAAGAGCUCAGAAAACCAAAUCGAAACGCAGUUUUACCUGCCAUCACUGUGGGAGGAAUUUUGGUGAAAAUGAGAAGCUUAAAAUGCAUGUUAGAGUUCACACUGGAGAGAGGCCAUAUCACUGCCAACAGUGUGGAAAGAGCUUCACUCAACAAGGAGCCCUUAAAAGGCACAUGAGAACUCACACAGGAGAGAAGCCUUACACCUGCCAACAGUGUGGAAAUGGUUUCACUCAAAAAGGACACCUUAAAAAUCACAUGAGAACUCACUCGGGAGAGAAGCCGUUUAUCUGCCGACAGUGUGGAACUGCUUUCACUCAAAAAGUACACCUUCAAGGUCACAUGAGAACUCACACAGGAGAGAAGCCUUACACCUGUAAACAGUGUGGAAAGAGAUUCACACAGAAAAACACCCUUCAUUCCCACAUGAGCAUUCACACUGGAGAGAAGCCUUAUACAUGCGAACAGUGUGGAAAGUGUUUCCCUGGGAAAAAAAACCUUAAAGGCCACAUGAGAGUUCAUACUAAAGAGCAGCCUUUCUCUUGCAAGUAUUGUGGGAAGAGUUUCACACAUACAUACACCCUUAGUUACCACAUGAGAAUUCACACUGGAAAGAAGCUGUACACAUGUGAUCGUUGUGGAAAGAAUCUCGCGACGGGAUUUACUCUUAAGUGUCAUAAGAUCAUGCACACUGGAAAGAAACCCUUCAAAUGUGAUCAGUGUGGCAGGCGUUUCAUUCGUAAGACGAGCCUUAAUUACCACAUGAAGACUCAUUCAGCAGAGAAAUGCUGUAAAUGUUCUCAGUGUGGAAACAGUUUCAGUCAUAAAGUUAGCCUCUACGCUCACAUGAGAAAACAACACACUCAAGAGAAGCCUGGUUCUCACAAAUAGAAAAUCAUAAGAUUCAUGAAAUAUGUGUGGAAUCGUGAAGAAAUCCACAUGACAUUUCACUCAGGGGAGAACUACUUUAUGUCCUCAUUGUGCAAUGUGUUUCGCAGUCAAAGGAAACCUGAAGAUUAGCAUAGUUUACACUGGAGAGAGGACUUUCACGUGUUUCUGUGGUCCUGAAAUGCUAUUCAAGAUCAUUCUGGAAAUUAAGUGUGACUGUGACUAGGUUUACCAAAAGAGGCUAUUUUAAAAAUCACUGGCAUAUUCUGGAGGAAUUCCCAUUAACUGUGAUCCAUGUAUUACAUUUCUUUUGACAUCACAUCUGAUAGAAACACCUAAGAAGUUCAAGAUUUUUAUUUGUCACAUACAUGGUUAUAUGGAGAGCAUAUGACCAGCAGUGAAAUGUAAGAAGUGGUCCUGCAAUUUAAAAUAGCACCAGAAAACAGGUAGGUUUAUCUGUUUGGAAUUAAGACUAUGUUCACACCAAACCUGAACGUGCUAUAUCAGAUUAUUGCACCUUCAAAGCCAGGUCUUUUAUUUGUUCACGUCUUUACAUGCUUCCCCCGCCCCAAUUAUGAUCUCCUGUAUCCACACCUGACUGUCUCCUUUUCUAUAGUUUCAAAUUUUGCAUAUACUCUUAUUUAAAUUGUAUGGAGAUAUUGUGCCAAUCCAUAUACAGCUUAAAAUUAUUCAUACCCUUGGUAAAUACGAUAAAAAACAGCCCUGA